AUGGAAAAGAAUGAUGAGCGAAACUCCAUCCCUUCCAUAAUGUGCAAGAAAGGUGGGUGGGUGUUGGGUAGGCGGACAGGAUGUCAGGGUAUGAGCAAGACGUGUCGAGAAGGCAAGAGUGAUUGGGUCAUUCAGCUUAUCACUGGCAUCAGUGCUUCAAUAUUUCACGGCUCUACGACAAGAAACGUUUACGCACGUACAGUCAAUACUACAUCUACAUCUAACCUUCUGCUACUGGCCAUCGCAAGUGCACGUAUACUCAACACUACAUCUACAUCUAACCUUCUGUUACUGGCCAUCGCUAGUGCACGUAUAGUCAACACUACAUCUACAUCUAACCUUCUGCUACUGGCCAUCGCAAGUGCAUGUAUACUCAACACUACAUCUACAUCUAACCUUCUGUUACUGGCCAUCGCUAGUGCACUGCACGUAUACUCAACACUACAUCUACAUCUAAACCUUCUGUUACUGGCCAUCGCUAGUGCACGUAUAGUCAACACUACAUCUACAUCUAACCUUCUGCUACUGGCCAUCUCUAGUGCACGUAUACUCAACACUACAUCUACAUCUAAUCUUCUGUUACUGGCCAUCGCUAGUGCACGUAUACUCAACACUACAUCUACAUCUAACCUUCUGUUACUGGCCAUCGCUAGUGCACGUAUAGUCAACACUACAUCUACAUCUAACCUUCUGCUACUGGCCAUCUCUAGUGCACGUAUAGUCAACACUACAUCUACAUCUAACCUUCUGUUACUGGCCAUCGCUAGCGCACGUAUAGUCAAUACUACAUCUACAUCUAACCUUCUGCUACUGGCCAUCUCUAGUGCACGUAUAGUCAACACUACAUCUACAUCUAACCUUCUGUUACUGGCCAUCGCUAGUGCACGUAUAGUCAACACUACAUCUACAUCUAACCUUCUGUUACUGGCCAUAGCUAGUGCACGUAUAGUCAACACUACAUCUACAUCUAACCUUCUGUUACUGGCCAUCGCUAGCGCACGUAUAGUCAAUACUACAUCUACAUCUAACCUUCUGCUACUGGCCAUCUCUAGCGCACGUAUAGUCAACACUACAUCUACAUCUAACCUUCUGCUACUGGCCAUCGCUAGUGCACGUAUAGUCAACACUACAUCUACAUCUAACCUUCUGUUACUGGCCAUCGCUAGUGCACGUAUAGUCAACACUACAUCUACAUCUAACCUUCUGCUACUGGCCAUCUCUAGUGCACGUAUAGUCAACACUACAUCUACAUCUAACCUUCUGUUACUGGCCAUCGCUAGUGCACGUAUAGUCAACACUACAUCUACAUCUAACCUUCUGUUACUGGCCAUCAUUAGUGCACGUACAUCAAUACUACGUCAAUAUAGGGUGAAAAAAGUUCCGCACGGGCUUGAUAAUUCAAGAAUGAAUCCUGGUAUAGCAAUGGAACCCUGUACAUCCCUACUGCGGCUAUAA